AUGGGAAUAGAUCAAAAGAAGAAACAGAGUGACGAGGCUAAAGAGGUCAAAGAUGCCGUGCACCUACAUCGCCAGAUCGGCCUGCUGCCGGCUGUGUGCUUCAUUGUCGGGACAGUGGUGGGCAGUGGGAUCUUCAUUGCUCCGAAAGGUGUUUUGAUGAACAGUGGCACAGUAGGGCUGUCGCUGGUGGUCUGGGCUCUCUGUGGAGUCUUGUCCAUGUUUGGGGCACUGUGCUACGCGGAGCUGGGCACCACUUUCUCAAAGUCAGGAGGCCAUUACACUUAUUUACUGGAGACACUUGGGCCACUGCCUGCUUUCUUAAGACUCUGGUCUGAGUUCUUUUUCAUCAGGCCAGCAGUAGCAUCCUACGUGGCAUUGGCGUUUGGUAAAUAUGUGGUCGAGCCUUUCUUUACUCCAUGUGCUGCUCCUUCAGAACUCAUCAAAGUGGUCGGCAUCCUGGGAGUGACAUGUGUUGUGGCUGUAAACUGCUGGAGUGUGACUGUGGCUUCUCGCACACAAGUGACCUUAACCUUUAUCAAGAUGUUUGCUUUAAUCCUCAUUAUCAUCCCUGGUGUCAUAGCAUUAGCCAAAGGAAAGACUGAACAUUUCCAGAAUUCAUUUGAAGCUAAUUCGGUAACACUGGACAAACUACCAUUGGCUUUUUAUAAUGGUUUAUAUGCCUUUGGAGGCUGGUUUUAUCUGAACUAUAUCACGGAAGAGAUUAUCAACCCAAAUAGAAAUAUCCCACUUGCUGUCAUCUUCUCUAUGGUGACAGUGACGGUCUUCUAUUUGCUGGUGAAUGUAGCGUACUACACUAUGAUGAGUCCUUCAGAGCUGCUCCAGUCUGAUGCCGUAGCUAUGACAUUUGCAAACCGGGCUCUCCAAGGUGUGUCUUCAGUUAUCCCCAUUCUUGUGUCAAUAUCGUGUCUUGGAGCUCUUAAUGGAGGCUUCUUUGGGGUGCCCAGAAUGUUUUUUGUUGGAGCCCGAGAUGGUCACUGGCCAUCAAUAUUUUCUAUGAUCCACAUCCGCAGACACACACCUUUACCAGCUGUACUCUUUCUGUAUCCCUUGCUUGUGCUGAUGAUGAUGCAUGGAGAGAUAUACAAACUGAUCAACUUUGCUUCGUUUCCUCGAUGGUUCUUCCUCGCAUUAGCCACACUGGGAUUACUCAUAGACCGAUACCGCUUUCCUGAAAGGCCAAGACCUUUCAAGGUGCCAAUGGUCAUUGUGGUCAUCUUCACUGUAGUGUCCUUCUUUAUCGUGGGGCUCUCUCUUUACUCUGACCCCUGGUACACCGGCGGCAGCUGUGUCCUGACUCUGAGCGGAGUACCAGUCUACUAUGUGACUGUGCACACCUCUCGGGUGCCCAAGAGAUUCAGGCGCCUCUUAAAUCUCUGCAGUAAGCAACUGCAAAUUCUCCUUGAAGUGGCCCAACAGGAAGUCCAGACAUACUGA